CAAGGUGGAAUGGUUAACUAGCCGACGAUAGUGUAGUGAAGUUUUCACUCGAUUUCUCAGUUGAGUUUUUGAGGUGCGAUUUUCUUUUCCGAGGAAUUCGAAGUAAUUUUCUGCGAUAUUUCAGGGGUGACUGAAAGCAAGUGAUUGAGGAAAAAUUGCUACUCUGCCGGAGUGACUACAGUUUGACAGACCGAAUUGACAGAGAGGGAUCGGUGCGAGUGCUGUCAAAACACAGUUCCCGAAGGCGAAGCAGUGAAGUUUGUGAAAGUGUGCACAGUGGUAGCUAUUUUUAAAAUCUGAUUAGAUGUUGCAGCAAAACGGAAAGAAAAUCAUUUCUCGAGCUUUUUGUGAAAUCACCACCCGAAAAGAGCGUGUUGUAGACGAUCAGCAGUAAGAGGGGACAACGGCUAUAGCCGACUGUAAUAAGCGAAAAAAAAAAGUUAAUAUUAUUCUUUUCCCCGUCCGCGCUCCGCGUCUUGUCACCGUCAUCGUCGUCGUCAUCGUCGCUGUCGUGUGCGUACGUGCGGGGGAAUUUUCUGUUUUAUUGUGUCUGUGAGGUUUAGUUUUUUUUUGCAGUGUAGAAAGAAAAGUGAAUCGUUCGUUCGGAUAAGCACAAGCAAAAAUAAAUACAUAGAAAAUAAGCGAAAUCACAUCAGUUUUGUGUGUGAUUAAUAAUCCGCAGAAGCAGCACAGAGAUAGAGAGAGAGAGAGAGAGUGGAAGGGCAUAAAACGAGCAGUGUGAUAAUAAGAGCAAAACCACGUGCAGUAAGAAAAAGCCAAGAAUUGUGGAGUGUGGCAAAACGAAAAAAAAAAAAGUGCACGGCAUAGUCUGGAGAAAAUAAGAUCCAAUAAAUUAUCUGCGUGAUUUCGUUUCGGGGGAAGCAAGCAUCCGAGAAGAGUGUGCAUACAAAGAAGAAGAAGAAAAACGAGCGAAGUCUCGGAUUUCCUCUUCGCUGUCGCCGUCGUCAACAGUGUGUGCGGUGGAAUCUUCUUUUGGUGCACAAAAAGGAUUUCUGCCUGUGGAGGGAGGGGUGCACGAGGAGUACAGUAACAAUCAGCAACAACAGAAACAACAAUCACAGGAACUACAACAACAACAACAACAACACCAGCAGCAUCAUGGAGGCGGUUGCGAAACACGAUUUUAACGCCACGGCCGACGAUGAGCUAAGCUUCCGGAAGAACCAGGUUCUAAAGAUUCUAAACAUGGAAGACGACAUGAACUGGUACCGGGCGGAACUGGACGGGAAGGAAGGGCUGAUACCUAGCAAUUACAUAGAAAUGAAAAAUCACGAUUGGUAUUACGGUCGCAUCACACGGGCAGACGCCGAGAAGCUCCUAGCGAACAAACACGAGGGCGCCUUCCUGAUACGGAUCAGCGAGUCCAGUCCGGGUGAUUUCAGCCUCUCGGUCAAGUGCUCGGAUGGCGUGCAGCACUUCAAGGUCCUCCGGGACGCACAGGGCAAAUUCUUCCUCUGGGUGGUCAAGUUUAGCUCGCUGAACGAACUGGUCGACUACCACCGGACGGCCAGCGUGUCCCGCUCGCAGGAGGUCAAACUGCGCGAUAUGGUGCCAGAAGAGAUGUUGGUGCAGGCCCUGUACGACUUUGUCGCGCAGGAAUCCGGCGAGCUGGACUUCCGGCGAGGAGACGUCAUCACGGUUACGGAUCGCUCCGACGAGCACUGGUGGAACGGCGAAAUCGGCAACCGGAAAGGACUAUUCCCAGCAAUAUACGUGGCGCCCUACCAUUCAUAAGAUAUAAGUAUUUUUAUUAUUUUUUGCUAUAUAAAUAUUAUAUAUUUUUAAUGUUUAACUGAAUCAAGAGGGAAAGGGGGAAGAAGCAAAAAGGUAAUGUGAAAAAUUACGCGGAAAAAAAAGAACCCAUUUAAGGGGCGGGGGUGGAAGGAUCGGAGAAGCCGACGGUAGAAAGCCCCCACCGCAAGCCAAUCAUAAGAAACGCGAUGCGACGAUCGAGUGGUGGAUGCGUCUAGGGAGAUAGGAAGAGUGCAAAGUGCGAGAGGCAGGCAGGCAGGCUAAAGAACCGAUGUACAUUGACAUUAUGACAAACGAGAUAAUCCCUAUAUAUAUCUGAGAGGCGGAAGUAGGUGUAUGUAGCUUGCUGGUAAAUCAGAGAUGGAAGCAGUCGACACACGCGGAAUCAAAAGAAAUCAAAUUCAGGUGUUUUAUAUCUAGGUUUGCAAGUGAUUCAAGGUCUCGUAAGUAGCCGAGAGCGAAACGUAGAACAUUCAAUCAACACCAGAGAAAUCCAACCCACACUAAAAAUGGAGAUAAUCGUGAAUGUGUAACUUGUGGCAUAUUUCAACCAGAGUUACGGAAGAAGUAGUUUUGUUUAUAGUUUUUUCCUUUUCUGUUUUUGUCUCGUAAGCAAGCAAAAAAUUGUCUCGUCUUUUGGAACAAGUUUUUCCUUUCGUUUUGUAAUUAAUCCUAAAGUAGGCACCCUUAGAAGAUCUUCUAUUUCUAUUUAAAACAAACGUAGGAACAAAAUUCGACUAAUUUCUUUUUAGGCAGAAAAGCGCAACUUUUGUCAUUAUGUGUAAUAGCUUGUAAGUGUAAACAGUCACACACAAACAACAAUCCUAGAUGGGGGAAAUCCUUACAUUAUAGACUUUUAAUCGAGUACCAUUCUCAGUUUUCCUUGCAUUAAGCAGAUCCGUUUUACAAAUCCCAUAAUUACACGAAAUCAGUGGAACACAGUCUAGUAGUGAAAAACAACAAACGAAACACACGAAGCAUAAUAAAUUACGAUAAAUCUACAAUAGUUUAAACAAACAAAAUGAAAAGAAAAGAAGAAAAAAAUCGCAAAGGUGAAACCCCUUCAGUACAUUUUAAGUCAACCGGAGCAGAUUAUGAAAUAUCCUCAAAGUAAUAACAAAGCUGAGAGCGCUAGGGAGAACAAUACAAUUACAACAACCGUCAAGAACGGCGGCACCGCAGAAAUCACUUUCUUCAAGUGCCGAGUGAAGGAGACGGGCCCUUUAGUAGGUGCUUACCAUUUCCUGUCUAUUCCGGACGAGGCUCCUGUUUUGUGCAUACUAGAGUAGGUAAAAGUGUUGCAAAUAACCGGAAAAGAAUUACCACGCAUCAAGUAGUAAAAGCGGAAAGUAGAGAAGGAGCAAUGUGCCAAGAGAGUACCGGAUCGUCAUCCACAAAUACAUACGAACACACACACACAGACACCUUUUCCGCAAAAGCCAUCAUAUUGCUGUGUAUACACAGCACAGACACACACACACGUACACAGGAGAAACUGUACUCUUACUUAGAAGGAGAAAGAAGGUGGUUACCGAGGUAAAGUAAUUACCCGGGGACUGUAACUUUACACACAUAAAACACCUAACGAAACAAGAAGAAAGAAAAAAAAACAUUAUUAAAGAGCAGAAACCUAGAAUCUAUACGUUUUACACAAAAUAGCAACAACAAAUGAAAACAGAACAACAUCAAAAGCAUACAAACAAGCAGAAACAUGAAUGAAUAAAAUGCUAGUAAUUAAUGAGAUAAGUAAUAAUAAUACAACAAUACAAUGCGAUGCGAAUUAA